AUGGAGGGGAAAAGCCCCAAAGCCGGGAAGAAGGUGCUGUUGAAGAGCCACAGUUUGCCAGAGUCAAAGUUUGCAGCCAAAAUAGCUGAGAUGAGAUCAGAGGAUACGGAGGGAGGGUCUGAUGCCGGCGGAGAUGGGGUGGCGACAGGCGACGAACCGUCAACAGCAGAGGAUAAUGCUACAGAGGAUGUUGAUGUUGACAAGUUUUCAGUGUCGUUUGAGACGUAUAUGGAGGAGAUGUCGCGAUCACACCAGCGGAUGUCGAGACUUAGCCGAAAGAAAGCUAAGUCGGGGAGGUCGAAAACUGUCAGCUCAGCUCAGCAGCAGAGUUACGCCUUGGGUCACCUAGAACAACUUAUCAAGAUUAUGGAGCAGAUUGCGGUUAUCAAAGAGCAGAAUGGUAAGCUGAAGAAAAGGAUUUCCUUCCUUGAGGACAUGAACCGUAUGUAUAAAAUGAGAAGUGAGGUUCUGGCUCUAACCUGUCAGUGUGGGGCACGGCGGCCUAAACCAUCUGUAAAGAAAAUAAACAUCCAGACUAAGCCAGAGGGCUCCAACGUUUCCAAGUCCAAACAGUCUGAUCCACAGACGUCCUCCAACACAGAGGAGAAUAAACUGUUAGCAAGAGAAGAGAAGAGGGCCAGAGAAGAUGGGCCGACCAGACGGAAGUUGGGCUAUAUCAGAAAUGCCAAGAAGAGGGAGAGAAGCAAGUCUGUUGGUGUUGUACUAGAUCGGGAGGCAUUUCGUGAGCUGAGGUUGGGGGAAAUGGGAAUGAAGGGCCUGAAAGAGCGAUGGGACAAGCUAAAGGGAGCUGUCCAGAACAGAAGGUCUGUUUUUGUACCCGACAAGAGUAGCGACAAAGGUGAGAGUGAGAGUGAGCAUGAAAAGCAGUUAGACAAUAGACGACGGGUCUCUAGGCCAGAGAAGAUUAGACAACGCGAGAGUCCGUCCGGAGAGGUUUCCGAUACAAAGUCUGUGGACAGUGGAUGUGCACAUCUGUCUGAUGAUGCCUCUGCACAUGGCACUGCGGAACGGCAUAGGCAACUACUGUCUGUAAACAACACCUCGGUGACAGUACACACCGAUCCUCUGCGUAAGAAGAAGUUUGAGUUGAACAAGGCUGCUAGUCCAGUGCAGGUGCAGGAAGCAAAGCCCUCCGAAUCUGGUGAGAAUACUGUCUCCACUCCAGAAAGGAGGCGUAAACUUGGUCGUGUGUCCCUGCCUCAGCCCGAGGCAAGUGCCGAAGUCUUAGAAACAUUGACCAUGUCUUCUGCAACUGGGGGCCAAGACUACCCUGAUGGUGAUGGCAGUGCAGGUGGAGAUCUAAGAGAAGACGUCAGGCAAAGGAAGACAUCCCCCUGGGGUAAGGUGCGAAGUGCACUGCUUCAGAGAAAGGAAAGCAUCAAGAGACGGCAGCGAAAGGAGGGUGCAGAGGGAGAGAAAACUCCAGCUAAGGGGAAUAUUCGCAAAAGCAAAGGUGACUUUCAAGAUAGAGACCAGUCCAAAACUCAAGAAGCAGUGAAGGAAUCAUUAAAAAACAAGGAAGAUGGUGCAACAUCUAAGGAAGCCACGGAGGACUCUGCAAAAGCACUAACAGAAAAUGACAAAUUGAGUCCAGGUAUGUCAGAGGAGUUCAGCAGGAAGAUGCAACAAUGGGAAGAAAGGUGGCAGAAACCAGAGGGGACAGAUACAAAAGAUGCGAGCAGCACCGUUUCACCCCCGCAGCAGGCCAACGAUAGCGGCACCGUAGUCCAGAGGGCAGACACGCCGCCGUCCAACCUUCAUGUCACGCCCGAUAACAACGCCAUCACCAAGGACGUAACCACUCAGCAAGGGAACACUGAGACAGGAGGAGGCACCCUGGCAGACACAUCAAACAUUCCUCCUGCCCUAACAGUACUGCUCUGUUAUGGAUCACAAUGUCUGGAAACAUCUAAGUUCACAGGAAUGAUCAUGACAGGUGUAGAGUAA